AAUAUAACAGCAAUAUAACAGCAACAUAACAAAAAUACGACUGCACAAUAACAUGAACACAACAGCAUCCACUACAUCAAACGGAAAAUCUCAAGUUUCCUGAUUCACAUAUCCAGAUCAAUCUAAAUACAAUUGGUCAAACCCAAAUGGAUGAGCAUGAAUAUUCAAAAAACCUAACCAAAAGCAAUAAAACCCAAAACCAAUUUAACAAAAUCCCAAGCAAUCAAACAAAUCCUAUUUCACAUAAUCCCACAGAUAUUAAGAAAAUAACCAUCAACCCUACCUUUUCAAGGUCGCAAUCCAGUAGAGCUUCAAGGUUGCAAGCACCUCUUCAGAAGACAUACCUAAAAGGGUUCGCGAUUCAAGAACGGCUCGUCGUCCACUUUAUCCACGCCCACGUGCAGUAAGUGAACACAGUGGAAGAGAGAGAGACCACCAUUUUCAUGCUUUCGAAGCUCACCUCAGCAGGCUCCGCUCCGCUCCGGUUAGGGUUUCCAAAUUGACUGGUUUCCUCCAUCCCAAAGUUCCUACCUCCAAGCAAUGAGUGCCUGCUAGGGCUUCCGAUCCAAACCCAGAACCCUCUCAAUUUCUCAGUACUAAAUCUAUGUUCUAUGGGUUCAACAUCUUCAGGUGGCACAGGUAUUGCUUCAUUGACCAGAGCUGUUUUUGGGCAUAUCACCAACUACUGUAACGAUUACUCAUGUAAAUCUCUAUGACACCAGAGGGCUAGUUAUGGACUGCUUUCAAACUGUUAGUCAUCUCAAAGGUUCUCUGUGCUGUCAGUGUCUGGCUAUCAAGUUUUCAAGAAGCAGUGGCAUUGCAGAUAGUCUAUGAGCAAAGUCAUGUUUCUUCCAUUCCAGAUCUAGCUAAACCACCUACUAGUGGACUCUUUGGUCGCAUACAAAAGUCAGUGUGCCCAUACCCACCCUGUUAUGAAGUCCUGGUUCCACUCUCUGUUCUCUGCUUACAGGCCCCAAGUCCUCCUCCAAUCUCUGAAACCAUUCUCAUCAAUGUCCACCACCAAAGCCAUAUGGAACUCCAAGACCAACGUAAUAAUCACCAACCCAACUCUGCUAAUCAUGGAGUCUUGCACCACCAUGCUCGAGUUGAAGCAAAUUCAAGCGCAAAUGACUUGCACUGGCCUCAUCACGCAUACAUUUCCACUCAGCAGGAUUUUAGCCUUCUGUGCUCUCGCCGAUGGUGGUGACAUUCAAUAUGCACAUCUUCUUUUUACACAAAUUGAAAAACCCAAUACUUAUAUGUGGAACACGAUGAUCAGAGGCUACUGUAAAGUUCAAAUUCCAACAAUUGGGUUUUCAUUCUUUGGCCAAAUGGUCCGUCAACACGUCGAAAUGGACGGCAGAAGUUUUAUUUUCGCGCUCAAGGCGUGCGAGCAGUUUACGAGAAUCCUGGAGGGGCAUUCAGUUCAUUGCCUGAUUUGGAAGUUGGGUUUUGAUUCUGAUUUGCUGGUACGAAAUGGGUUGGUGCAUUACUAUGCUGAAGGUGGGUUCCUAAGUCUUGCACGCAAGGUUUUUGAUGAAACUUUUGUUAGAGAUGUUGUGACUUGGACCACGAUGAUUGAUGGGUAUGCGACUCGUACUUGUUCAGAUGAGGCUAUGAAAUUGUUUGGCUCAAUGUUGGUGAGUGAUGUCGAGCCAAAUGAGGUUACUAUAAUUGCGGUGCUUUCUGCUUGUUCCGAUAAGGGAAAUGGUGGUGUGGGGAAGACCAUUCAUGAAUAUGUACAAAAGAAGAAUGUGAAUUGUAGCUUAAAUUUGCUUAAUGCUUUGUUGGAUAUGUAUGUGAAAUGUGGUUCCUUGACAGCGGCUAAAGAGACUUUUGACAACAUGAAAGUCAGGGAUGUGUUUUCAUGGACUAGUAUGGUUAAUGGCUAUGCUAAAUUGGGGGACUUAAACUCUGCAAGAAAGUUUUUCAAUGACAUGCCUGAAAGAAAUGUAGUAUCUUGGAAUGCCAUGAUUGCGGGUUAUACUCAGAAUAAUCGACCAGGUGAAGCGUUGAAAUUGUUUCAUGAGAUGGUGGAGACAGGUUUGGUUCCGACGGAGAACAGUUUAGUGUGUGUGCUCUCUGCUUGUGGUCAGUUGGGUUGCCUGGAUUUGGGUCAGUGGAUUCACCAGCACUAUCUCAAUCGAAGGUGUAUUCAACCCAGUGUAAUUUUGGGGAAUGCGUUGAUGGACAUGUAUGCCAAGUGUGGGAGCAUAAAUUCGGCUACAGAACUCUUUGGUGAAAUGCCAGAGAGAAAUUUGGUUUCUUGGAAUACCAUGAUUGCCGGAUAUGCAGGCGAUGCUAAGCAAGCGCUCACUAUUUUCAACCAAAUGAAAACUAUGGGAUUGAAGCCUGAUGAUAUCACAUUUGUGGCAGUGUUGUCUGCCUGCAGCCAUGGCGGAUUAGUUUCUCAGGGCAGAGAGCAUUUCAAAAGCAUGACUAGAGAUUAUGAUGUAGAGCCCAAAGAGGAACAUUAUGCAUGCAUGAUAGAUUUGCUUGGAAGAGUUGGGCAGCUAGAAGAAGCUUAUCAGCUGAUAAACAAAAUGCCAAUGGAAGCAGGAGUGUCUGCUUGGGGUGCCCUUCUUAAUGCAUGUAAGAUUCAUGGGAAUGUAGAGCUGGCUAAGCUUUCAGCUGAGAAGCUGUUAGAGUUGGAUCCAGAAGACAGUGGUAUUUAUGUACUGCUGGCAAAUUUAUAUGCUAAUAAGAAAAGAUGGGAUGAUGUAAGGAUUGUUAGAAGCUUGAUGAAAGAGAGGGGUGUGAGGAAGAAUCCUGGCCAUAGCUUGAUAGAGGUGGAGGCCAGGUAAAAAGCAGUUGGGGUCAGAGACUUCACCAAAAAAGAGAGGAAAACAACACCCCUGAAACAAAAAGUUGUGGCGUUACUGAGUUGUUUCUCGGUUCGAGCAGAGUCUUAUUCACUCUCAUGGUUGACAAACUGAAGGAAAUUGGACAAUUACAGAGUGAAAAAGAUUCUGAACCAGCAUGCAUACGGACGUACUCUUUGACUAACCUGUACUAUUGCCCAGGUGACUUUGUCUUUUUAAGACUAAACUGAUACACCCAUCCCACCCAAUGAAUAGCCCUGCACUGCACUCUCAUAAUCCCCCUUCAUCUUUUUUUUUUUUCUCUCCUUUUCUUUUUGGUACAAAAGGGGCCAAAUGCCAAACACAAAAAACCCCUGCUUCUUUUAUAUUUUGGUCGAAAACAACCCCUCUUAUUUUCUUUUUAAUAACCCCCCUUCACUUCACAUACCCCUGCACGUAGAAAAUAUAAAAGAACUAUGUACUAGAUGCGUUUUGAGGGGUAAAACUCAUUAUGUCAUCAUGAUUAGGUGUAGUCUUUUGUUAUCAAUGGAUUUCACUUCAUACUAUCAAGUUUAAUAGCUAUGUGUGUAAGGUAAAUUUAGCCCACCCCAAUUUGAAAUCCUGGGUCCGUCCUUGAUCAUGCUCUCUUUAUUUUUGUAUGGAUCAUUAAACAAAAUUGUAAAAUAGUAGAAUUGGUUUCUAAUGUUGUGUUUGUUUCAUGUUGGAUUAGAGGAGAAAUUGGUUGAUUAGUAGAUGAAAAAGGUACUUUGGAUUCAAAAGAGGUUAGCAGCCCCCUCCUUUUAUUGUAACGUCAUUUGAUUGCCUACAUUCCUUUUUCUGUGCAGGGAAUAUAAAAAAAUCUGUGGGCAUGCAGGUCACUAUAGAAGUCUAUAGAAGUCUUUUAUGUUUAUACUUAUGUUUAUUGCGUGUUAAAUUUUUUGUGCUUUUUGGUUGGUAUAACAAUAGGAAGUGGACUUUAGGAGAGCAAAUAUGGAGUGGGGAUGGUAGGAACAAUGGAAGCCAGUUCGUCACUUUCUUUCAAGAUUGCAAAUUGUCCUAACCAGUUCUCACUUUCCUCCCUGUUAUUACAGCUUUAGAUGCUUUGUUUUAAGUGGCAGGGAGCUCUCCAUUGACAUUCAUAUGGUUUGUGGCUUGGAGUAUAAUUCAAUUUGGUAACCCACUUAAUUGAAAUUAAUUUUGUUGGGAGUUUUCUGUUUGUUACCCCCAAGAUUGGUCGGUUUCCUUCAAUUCGGGUAUUUGUGUUUGUGUUUUCUGUUCGUCUCCAUAAGACGCACUAAACCAAACUGCUUUCUGUGCUUGAUAAUUCAUAAUACAUAUCUAUUUAUGUCAUUUUGUUUGGCUCCUUAAUAACAUAACUUUUAACUCUUAAAUCACUCUCUCUUAAAACAUGAUUUUUCUUUUGAUAGGGGAAAAAGAAAGGAUUGUGAUUGUAGAGGUUUUGGAGAAAUGAAGGCUUCGUGUGAGAGAGAAGAUUUUGGGGCACAGACAUAAAGAAGGGAAAAAAAAAAUAAGAACAGGAGGCGAGACAAGGAUUGAGUUAUAAAAAAAAAAAAAAAAAACAAAUGUGAGAUAGGAAGAAGGAAGAGAAGAAAGAGGACAUGAUGUUAAUUUUGCCGUUAGUUGGAUUAUGAGUUUUUUUAUAUAUAUUUUUAAAUUAGGAGUAAA